GGGAUGAUAUAUAUAUUUUAUCUGCAGCAAAACGUCGUCAGCAUCAUCGUGGAAAUUGACGAUCGUAUGGAACUCCCAAUCAAGCUGUUCCCCGGGUUUUGCUGCUGGAUUAGGUGGGAUUGUUCUCCGUGCGGCCCAUUCAUUUCAGCUUGCAGCAAAGUUGCCUCGGCCCCACCACAUUCUAAUUCCUGCACCUGGGCACUCACGGCCGCAAUGAAAUAUCCGAUGACCUGAAUCGCCUCCAGCCACAUGCAAACCUAAGACUAAACACAUUCCUCGCCCAUUGGAAGAGAUUUCUGAAUAGCUUCAUCGUGCCGUCCGUCACUGCUGAGCACAUCUCGUAGCCAAAUUGGGUACGUCAACCAGCAUCCCGGUGGGCAGAGCAAGCUUCCCUUCCCUCUCUCCGAGGCGAGAGACGAGCGCACGCUGACUGACCUUGAACCAGAAUCUCCCUCAACCCUCACUCCAACGAGAACUCUAAUUCUCAAUCGAAUUCAACAUGGCGCCGGCCCCAGAACCUGAAGCUUUCAUAGCAUCUGUGAUGCCACCACCCCCACCAGGGUCACCAUACUCUCUUCCAGUGCCGGGCAGCCAAAAAGAUGGCCAUUCUGCAGUCUACCGUCAUUGGCGUUGGGUGGACAAACCUCUUCCUUCUACGAUCCAUCCGCAGAUCCAAACUGCUCACGAUUCCUUCGAGUACACGGUCAAGAAGAGACCAACAAAUAGGUGCUUGGGGUGGCGGCCAUACGAUCCGGUAAGCAAGGAAUUUGGUAGAUACCAAUGGAUGAACUAUGCCGAGGUGGCCACACGAAGAAAGAACUUUGGUGCUGGACUCGUGGAGCUUCACAAGAAGGCUGGAGUGCUCGAGGAGAAAUAUCCCGUGGGGCUAUGGUGUCAAAACAGGCCGGAAUGGCAGAUUACGGGUAUGUCGGAUCAAAAUUUGAGGAGAUUCCCUACUAAUUGGGUAGAUCUGGGAUGUAUGUCCCAAUCACUUUACACCGUAUCCCUUUACGAUACUCUAGGUCCAGAGACAACGGAAUAUAUCAUCAACCAUGCCCAAUUGAACUGCGUUGUAUCCAGUCUGCCCCAUAUUCCAACUCUGCUCAAGCUUGCGUCCGCUUCGAGAAUUCCAACCUUGAAGUUGAUCAUAUCUGUUGAUCCUCUUGAUGCAGGAGAGCGUCCUGGCUAUUCCAAGAAAGCUAUCUUGAAUGCGCUCGCGGCAGAGGCUGGUAUUACAAUUCAUUUCAUCGAGGAUGUAGAAGCAAUAGGAGCUGCGUCCAAUAUUCCCAUGAACCCACCUCGACCCGAAGAUCUCAUCACCAUCAAUUACACUUCCGGAACAACUGGGAAUCCAAAGGGUGUUGUCUUGACACACGCCAAUGCUGCAGCUGCGAUUUUCGUGGUCAGAGUCAUCUCUGAGAUGAGACCAACCGACUCUCUCUGCUCGUACCUCCCUUUGGCACAUAUCUAUCAGCGAACCGCAGAACACAAUUGCUUGUCAGCGGGUGCUGCGAUUGGUUAUUUCCACGGAGAUGUUUUGGGUCUUGUGGACGAUUUGAAGCUCCUUCGUCCGACUGGCUUCAACUCGGUUCCUAGACUAUUCAACAAGUUCGGAACUGCCAUUCGUGCCUCAACCAUCGAUGCCACUGGCGUGAAAGGUACAAUAGGACGACAUGUCAUCAAUGCUAAACUGGCAUCCAUGAAACUUCCUCCAGGAAAAGCUACUAACAAGCACAUGGUCUAUGAUCGUUUCUUCACUCCAAAAAUCAGAGCUGCCGUUGGUUUGGAUCGUACCAGGUCCAUGGUUACUGGAAGUGCACCUAUUGAUCCUUCAUUACAUCAAUUCCUCCGCGCGGCCUUCGCAAACGAUUUCAUGCAAGGUUACGGUUUGACUGAAUCGUAUGCCCUUGGUCUUGCCCAACACACGGGGGAUUUCUCUUCCGGAAAUUGUGGAGGUGUGGUACCUUGCUUCGAAUUGUGCUUGCAAGAUGUCCCAGAUAUGGAGUAUCUCUCGACUGAUAGUCCUAACCCGAGGGGUCAGUUGUUAAUCAAGAGCAAGACCCUCUUCAAAGAGUAUUUCAAGAACGAAGAAGAGACCAAGAAGUCCUUCACAGAAGAUGGAUGGUUUAAAACCGGCGACAUCGCAGAAGUUGACACCAUGGGCCGCUUCAAGAUCGUCGAUCGCGUAAAGAACGUCCUCAAACUCGCACAGGGAGAAUACAUCUCGCCCGAACGAAUUGAAAACGUCUACUUGGCCAACUACAACAUCCUCGCACAGGGAUACGUACACGGAGACUCGACACAAGCAUUCCUCGUCUCCAUCUGGGGUAUUGACCCUGUGCAAUUCGCUCCAUUCGCCUCUGCUAUCCUGAAGAAGAAGAUUGGGCCUACAGAUCUGGAUGCUAUUCGCGCGGCGGCGAAGGAUCCUAGGGUCACCAAAGCGGUGGUCAAGGAUUUGGAGAAGAUUGGGAAGAAGAAUAAGUUUAAUAGUUGGGAGAGGGUCAAGGCUGUGCAUUUGGAGAUUGAGCCUUUCACGAUUGAUAAUGAGCUUUUGACACCUACGUAAGUCUUUCCCUUAGUAGCUCAACGCGAGUAUUCCGAGUAUUAUACUAAUCUUUGCGUGAUAGAUUGAAACUCAAACGUCCCCAGGCUGCGAAGAAGUUCCGUGCUGAGAUUGAUAGGAUGUAUGAACAGGCUUUGGCGGAGGAAUCUUUGAAGGCUAAGUUGUAGAUUGGAUUGGGGAUCAAAUCAUAAGAAUCACUUAUGCAUGUUGGAUGGGUAACUUGGAAAUCUGUAGGUUGGGUUGGGGCUGGAGAUGAGAGACCCCUGGGGGCUUUUGAUGGGCUUGGUUGGGGUUUGGAUUUGUAUGUAGUUUUGUAGGCUGGGGAAUGCCCUUUUGUAUUUAUUAGCAAUGAUAUUGCCGUGAUAAGG